GCUUCAGGAUCCAAAAAACUCAAUAAAAAAUUUCUACAAGAUCUAAUAUGUUAUAGUAAAAGUUAUGGAUUGUUGCAAACUGUUCUAGCAUUAGUGAUGGAGAUGAAAACUGAUGAGGAAGUAAAUGAUUGGUGUCAUCAAUUUAUUCAGCAAAAGAAAGAGCUUCUAAAAGCUGAUAUUGCAUCAAGUCAAGAUCAAGAAAAUAUUAUUCAAGUAAUUAAUCCAAAAGUCAUGCCAGUUAAGGGCCGACCAAGUAGAAGACAGAAGAGUGUACUUGAAUGA